AUGCUCGACACCAAGGCUUUAGCUGAUAAGGUCCUAAGAUUUUUAGCGGAAAAAGUGGACACAAAUUAUCGCAUAGCGGUGAUUAUCGUAGGGCCCCCAGGUUCUGGAAAGACAACCAUAAGCGAAUGCGUCUGUAAUGAGAUCAAUAACAGAUUUCAACAACAUCUGAGAAAUCAGCAGUCGUAUCAACCUCGUUUACAAGGUUCAACAGAAACGUCCAAAGAAGUAGAACGACUUUGCGAAGAUAUACCUCUUCUUAACUCACAAGAACGCAGAAAAGUCGAAAGCGAAUGCAUGAAAAAUGUUGAAAACCUGGAUUAUAUCCCACACCGAUUCAUAGACGACGACAAAGAGCAUUCAAGUGUGGUGGUAGGACGAGGCGGACUUCCAAAUAGUAUAAGAAUAUCUUCGAAGAAGACACUUGUGCCAGUCGAAAAAGGUAAUAUAAAUAUAGCGCAAAUUGUGCCCAUGGAUGGAUUUCACCUUUCCAGAGAUCACCUUGACCAGUUCCGGAAUCCGGCUGAGGCACAUGUGCGCAGAGGCUCGCCGCCAACUUUCGACAGUAACAAUUACCUACAGCUGAGUAAAAUACUCGCCAAAAGCUGCACAAUCAAACCUCGUUUUUCUGAGGAUCUGAACGCAGGAAGUGGACUCUUUGACAAAAUAUCGGGCUCCUUUAGCGAGCAGAUUCCAUCAAUAUAUGUUCCUGGGUUCGAUCAUGCUUUGAAAGAUCCUUCAACAGACCAACAUUGCCUCACAGCAUUUACACGGAUCAUAGUGUUGGAAGGUCUUUAUUUACUCUUGAAUGAAGAAAACUGGAAAGGUGUGUAUCCUGUUUUCAAGGAAACGGAUGCCGUUUUGGUAUGGAGACUUGACCUCGGCAUUGAACAAUUAGAAGAAAGGGUCGCAAAAAGACAUGUUGCUAGUGGGCUUGCCCCAAAUCUUGCAGCCGGAGUCGAUCGUUUCAGAGUGAACGACCUCAUCAAUGCCAUAAAGAUCAAGGAGCAAAGCCUGGAUGCUGAGGGUAUUGACGUUUUGUCUACCGCUUAA